UUAGAACGAGUGGCUUUAUUUCUUCUACUUCCUCCUCCCUUUCUCCUCUGCUCUGCCUUUAUAUACCUGCUCGCCUUCCUGCAUUAUCGUUUAUUCUCCAUCUCUCGCAUCUUCAAUCCCCUUCCUCUCCCUCUCCCUCUCUCUCUUUCCCUCUCCAGAAUGGGAAGCAAUGAUGGAACUGAUUAUGGUGCAUACACCUACAAGGAACUCGAAAGGGAGCCCUAUUGGCCGUCUGAGAAGCUUCGAAUUUCGAUUACUGGGGCAGGUGGUUUCAUUGCCUCCCAUAUUGCUCGUCGUUUGAAAAGCGAGGGCCAUUACAUAAUUGCUUCAGACUGGAAGAAGAAUGAGCAUAUGACUGAGGAUAUGUUCUGUCAUGAAUUCCACCUUGUUGAUCUCAGGGUUAUGGACAAUUGCUUGAAGGUUACUAAGGGAGUUGAUCAUGUGUUUAACCUUGCUGCUGACAUGGGUGGGAUGGGAUUCAUCCAGUCCAACCACUCGGUCAUUAUGUAUAACAAUACCAUGAUCAGCUUCAACAUGCUUGAGGCUUCCAGGAUUAAUGGAGUCAAGAGAUUUUUCUAUGCAUCCAGCGCGUGUAUCUAUCCUGAAUUUAAGCAGCUAGAAACUAAUGUGAGCUUGAAGGAGUCUGAUGCUUGGCCUGCAGAGCCUCAAGAUGCAUAUGGUUUGGAAAAGCUUGCGACUGAGGAAUUAUGCAAGCACUAUACAAAAGAUUUCGGAAUUGAGUGUCGUAUUGGAAGAUUCCAUAACAUUUAUGGUCCUUUUGGGACGUGGAAAGGUGGAAGGGAGAAGGCACCGGCUGCUUUUUGUAGAAAGGCUAUCACUUCCACUGACAAGUUUGAGAUGUGGGGAGAUGGAAUUCAAACUCGCUCUUUCACCUUCAUCGAUGAAUGUGUUGAAGGUGUCCUCAGAUUAACAAAGUCAGAUUUCCGUGAGCCGGUAAACAUUGGAAGUGAUGAGAUGGUUAGCAUGAAUGAGAUGGCUGAGAUUGUUCUCAGUUUUGAGAACAAAAAGCUUCCCAUCCAACACAUUCCUGGCCCAGAGGGAGUGCGAGGUCGUAAUUCGGACAAUACACUGAUAAAAGAGAAGCUUGGCUGGGCUCCUACAAUGAAGUUGAAGGAUGGGCUAAGAAUUACAUACUUCUGGAUCAAGGAACAAAUUGAGAAAGAGAAAUCUCAGGGUAUUGAUCUGUCUAUUUAUGGAUCAUCUAAGGUGGUGGGAACUCAAGCACCGGUUCAGUUGGGCUCACUUCGUGCUGCUGAUGGCAAAGAGUGAAGAAAUUGGUAUCCCAUGUUCUUUCAUGGUACGACUAGCGUAUACUAUAGGAUAAGAAGGCAUCUAUGGUUAUAGACCAUUAUCAGGCUGACUAGUAUUUGUCCAUUUGUUUAGUAUCCGUUGUUGUAAGGGGAGCUUUUUAUACUGCUGCUGUAUUUAGUUGAUCUAUUACAGAGGAGCAUAAAAAUUUCUGCAGUCUUUAAAUAUCUAAAAUGUAUUCCUGUCAAGAAGAGUCUAAGAUUUCAGUUCCUUGCUUUAAUGAACCAAUAUGUUCUCCAGUUACAUUUCUUUAUAUAUUCUGUAGUAGCAGGCUGAUUUCAGUUUUCAAGAAAUCAACUUGUUAUCUACAUGAACAUAAAGCUGUUGUGCUUUUGGCUUGA